AGACGGGCUGGUUGGCAUGGCUAUCGUGGGCACAGUGGCUGCAGCUGGCAUUGCCGGGGUGGCGGGGCUGAUCGGGUUGGCUAUCAGCCGAGGAAAAUCUUGACCAGAGGGCGUGAAGCAUUCCUGAGCCCUGAACCUGCUCUGCCUUUGACAGUUCUGGCCUAUCCCCCACCGCGCUGAGCGCUGAAGCCAUCAAAUGACGUGCGUCCCCUCCUCCUGACGGUGAUUUUGAUAGUAACUGCGCUGUGCCUCUCCUGGCCCCGUUUUUAUUAACAUUGGUGUGGUGCUCCCAGAACAUACCACCCACCACCUCUCCUCCACUGAACCACGCAGACUAUAUGUGUAGAUUGAGCUUUCUAAUGUCCAAUAAACACACUACAAC